AUGGAGGAAAUUGAUCCACCAAUUCCUUCAGGAGAAGUCACCCUACCAACUACAAUGCGGUCCCAAUCACCUGCUACGUAUGCUCCAUCAUAUGUCCCGCCAUCCAUGUACAUGUCAUCGACUCCGGUGCCUCCAGUUUUACCAUCUUCCAAUGAAGCUAUACGCAUCGCAGCGCUCGAAGGCACAGUUAAUCGGAUGGCCUCCAACAUCAUUGAACUUAUGGCUUUGCUCAGCGGACCAAACCGUGCUUCUUCGAGUUCCAUCCCACCUCCUGUGUAUGGGUCAAUGGUUGAUCCGUCUCCUUGGGUCCCACCAAUCCUUGCACCAGAGAAUGAUGUUGUGCCUAUUCCAACGCCGACACAUUUCUCGGCGACCGUUCCACCGUUGACACACGCACCGGAGGUCUAUCCGUCUGUUGCACCUCUUCCGGUAACACUUCCGGUGACUUUCCCUCCUCCGCCAACGACGGUACCGAUAAUUGAUCCAGCUAUGCUUGCGCUUCCUUCGAUGCCAGUAUCAGCCACAAGCACACAUGCUCCUGCUCCUAUCGUUGAGCCAUUUCCUUUCCCAGCUCCACAACCCCAAAUAAGUCUUCCACACCGAACUCCAUCGAUCCUAAACAUUCCUUACUAUAACCCAGAUGCACAAGCUGUGGCUGCCACUGAAGCUCCACCGACAUAUAUUCUCCCUGCUACGGAGAUAGAACAGGAGCGCCGGAUGAAACGAAUGGAAGAGAUGAUGAAGGCUCUCCAAGAAAGUGACUCUCGUUAUGACACGAGUUACUUGGACCUGAAUCUCUUUCCAGACAUGAGGCUGCCUCCAAAGAUCAAGAUUCCCGAUUUCAACAAGUAUGACGGGAUCACAGACCCAAAGCCACAUCUGCAAGGCUAUCGAAACCGCAUGAUGCCGUACUGGGGAUAUGAGCAGUUUAUGAUUCAGACUUUUCAGGAAAGUUUGAAAGGAGCAGCACUCAAUUGGUUCACCUCUCUCAAAGCAGCGGACAUUCCCACUUGGGAUGAACUCGCUAAGAAGUUUGUGACCCAGUAUGGCUACAAUACUGGCAUAGCUCCGUCCUAUCUCGAGUUAAGCGUCAUGGAAAUGCAAGAGGAGCAAGCCUUUGAGGACUAUGCUACUCAAUGGCGUGCUGAGGCGGCCAAACACCGUCCUCCAAUUGACGAAGCGGAACAGAUCCAGAUCUUUCAUGGAACCCUCAAAGGCGCAUACUACUUGCAUCUCCUGGGACACAUGUCAUCUUUUAACGCGAUGAUAAAGGCUGGCAAGAAGGUUAGCAUUGGGAUUAAACUGGGAAGGAUUGACCAUUCGGUCAGAAAGGGAGAGGGUGAAUCCUCCAAGAAGACAGCCGUCACUGCUGCUUCCUCCCACAACAGGAAAGGCAGAGACGCUAAUGUUGGUGCGGUAAACCCGGGGUACCCCGGCCAUCAGCAAUAUGCAGUUAAUGUCGCUCCGUCUAUUUCAUCGCCGUAUCAUCUUGCCCCGCAGCAACAAUAUCCAGUUCAACCGAUUUACUACUCAGCUCCUCCUGCUUAUGCACCUCUACAGGCCCCGCAGUCUUUUGGUCAGCAAUAUACUCCGGCUUUUCAAGUGCAAUCAAGCGGGCCCCCGGCUUCGAGUACUCCUCAACCGGCCAAGCGGGCCCCAGCUUUGCGAACCCAGCAAGGUAAUAGAGGCCAGGUUAGGCCUCGACCCCAGUAUCCACCUCUUCCUGUUCCUCUCUCUCAGAUACUCUCGCAGCUCCUCGCAAGCAACAGAAUCCGAACGGAGGCGCCUGGUCCCAACUUUGACCCUACAGUACAGAAUCAAAAUCUGCGCUGUGAGUUUCAUCAAGGUGCUCCAGGACACACGACCGAUAACUGUCACGUUCUCAGAGGCCGGUUGCAGGAGUUGAUUGACAAAAAACUGCUCUCAUUCAAUGAGGUGAAGCCACCGAACGUCCAGACCAAUCCUCUCCCUGACCACGUAUCCAGCUCAGGCCCGACUGUCAACAUGAUCGGCACUUACCCCCUCGGAAAGGACAAGACUAAAGAAGAAUAG